AUGGUCUCCAAAAUCAUCCACGCCUCUCCCGCCACCGUCUCCCUCCACGACCUACAAACCAACACCGUGCCAUUCUCGACUCUCGUCGCCGCCUUCGGCCCAGACAGUCUAGGGAUCCUAGUGGUCAAAGACCUGCCGUCUGAAUUUGCGCGUCUACGGACCAAAGUCCUCUCCGACGCCUCUCGACUGGCGGCCCUACCGGAGGAGAAAUUGCAGCAACUAACGAAUCCGACGGCAAAGUAUUUGGUCGGCUGGUCGCAUGGAGUCGAGACGUUGAGGCCUGGAGUGGUCGAUACCGCCAAGGGGAGUUAUUAUGUCAAUUGUGCUUUUUAUCAGGAUGGCCAACAUGGCCUGAGAAGGGAUGAGAAGGAGAAGGAGAAUGAGAAGAAGAUGGCCAACUCAAGUUCAGUCUCAAACUCGGACUCAGGGUCAGACCCAAACUCAAGUCCAACCUCAAACUCAACCUCCUCCUCUAACCCCGGUUUCAAAGAAUAUACCGCCCCCAACAUCUGGCCUUCGGAAACCGAUAUCCCAGGAUUCCAAACCGACACGCAAGCCCUGAUCACGCUCAUCAUCGAUACUGCAGUGCUGGUUGCGCGGGCGUGCGAUCGGUUCGCCGCGGCCCAGCAGAUCCCGGGGUAUGAGGAGGGAUAUUUGGAACGGGUUGUGCGCGGGAGUACGACGACCAAAGCGAGAUUGUUGCAUUAUUUUCCUAUGGAAGCCCAAUAUGAACCACAAUCUGAAUCCGAGUCUGAGUCUGAACCUGAUGGCAAGUCUGAGUUUGAAUCUGAACCUCAACCUUCACCACCAGCAGGAGAAGACAAUGACGACAGUGACAGCGACAACAACGACAAAGAGAUCGCAGAUACAUGGUGCACCACGCAUCUCGACCAUGGCUGUCUAACAGGUCUGACUUCCGCCAUGUUCGUCGACGAAGCGUGCACGGCUGGCUCGCAGCAAGAGAUGAUACCAGAAAGAAAAGAAGAGAAACAAAAAGAUUCUUCUGAUGUCAAUGGAAGACCUGUCCAAGAAACAAUCAACUCCUAUCCCGGUCCCGAACUCCCUUCAUCCCCAGACCCCUCGUCAGGCCUAUAUAUCCUCUCACGCACCGGCCAGAUCUGCAAAGUCUCCAUCCCGCGCGACAGCCUGGCAUUCCAGACCGGCGAGGCAUUGGAGUUGAUCACCAAGGGCAAGUUCAAGGCCGUGCCGCAUUUCGUGAAGGGGGUUGAUGUGAAGAAUGUUGACAACUACAACUACAACGACGACAGCGACAGCGACAGAAGGGACAAAGGAGGUCUUCUUCGAUCGAAUAAUACUACGAAAAGCAAAAGCAAAUACAAAUACAAACCCAAAAUCGCUAGGAAUACUCUGGCAGUCUUCACGCAGCCGAAUCUGAAUGAGUUGGUCGAUGCCGAGACAGGCUUGACGUUUGGAGAGUUUGCGAGGGGCGUGGUUAAGAGGAAUACGGCUGGUUGA